UGGGCUUCCUGUUUUUGUGCAGUUUUCUGCAAACCAUGAGGGCGUUCAGCCACCAUGGAUGCAAAAGAAAUAGUCCACUGUGCUCUGCAAAUAGAGAAAUCCAAUGCAGACAGAAGCUAUGGGAACAUCUUGACCCUACUUAGUGACCUUGAUAAGUCGCCUGUCACAUCAGAGCACUUGGAAACGACAGACAUUGUCAAAGUUCUCUACAGGCUCCUGAAAACCUGCCCUGACGGUGGUGUGAAGAAGGCAGCGAGGUGCUUGUUAUCUAAAUGGAAGAGACAGUACAGCAAAGAUGGACGAGGUGUGAAAUACACAGAGAAAGGCAAGGAUCCUGAGCUCUCCUGCAGGGUUUCUUCACCAGAUGAAAGGCUUUCCAAGCAGGGGGAUUCCCAGUCUGAUACAGAGAACUCUUCUGCAUCUUCUGAUUUCUCAUCUAUAAGAGCCAAAUGUGUUCAGCUCCUCCUUGCCGCCCUCAGCCCUGAACCUCCUGAUCAGGACAAAGCUGCAGAGCUGGCUGUAGCCGUGGAGCAGCACAUCCACAAACUCCACACAUCUAGUCAGGUCAAAUACAAAGCCUGUGUGAGAAGCAAGGUUGCCAACUUGAGGAAUGCUAAAAACCGGCAUCUUCGGCAGGGCCUCUUGAGCUGCUUCCUGUCCCCCGAGGUCUUUGCCCAGAUGACGGCAGAGGAGAUGGCCAGCACGGAGCUCAGGCAGCUGAGGGAGCAAUACUCAUCCCAGGGUGUGAACGAGAGGCAGCUCCCUCAAGGUGUAGAGGGGAUAGAGACACAGAAGAUCCGAUGCAAGCGGUGCGGUGGGUCAGACUGCAAGGUGACGCAGGUGUCCCGUGGUACCCUCUUCCUGCCUGCGUGGGUGCGGUCAGGAGGCCCUGAUGAGGACGCAAUGACUUUUGUAACCUGCAGCGGAUGUGGGCAGCAGUGGUACCAUAGCAGAUGGGUCUGCCUUUAAAGUAGAGAACGGGUUUUCAAUUUUUCAAGUCGGUCUUAAAACAACAGUCAGUUUCUAAGAUGAACAUUUUAACAUGUUUUUCCUGCUCUAAUCAUUCCUCCUGUUCAAAACGGCCAUAAGAGGAUCCCUUCAUAAUGCACUUACAGUGUAAGUAAUGGGGGACAAAAUCCACAGUUCUCUUUCUGUGCAAAAAUGUAUUUAAAAGUUUAUCUGAAACUAAUAUUAAACUUCAGCCAUCCAGGUUAGUCAGAUCAAGUUGAAGUAUUUCAGUGUUACAAUCCUUUUAGUGCCAAAGUCCCUUUUUUUGUUGCCAUACUUACAACUUGUGCAACCACCCUAUUUUUUGGUGAUUUUCCUGUUUUCACCACAGUUAACAGAUUUCAUGUUUCUGUCUGAGUUGAGAAAAACCUUU